AGAAGGUACUUCACCUCAUCAUAAAAUGACACUAUUAUUGUUCAGUUAGUUUCUGUUAUACGUAGAAGUAUCAUAAGGGGCGAUUUUGUUCCACGAAGCAGUUUAGUUUGUGUAAUUCUGUGUAAAGUACGUUCAGAUUCCAGUUUAUUAUAUUAAGGAUAUUGUUAGUGAAGGUUGUUAAUUAUUGGAUAUUGGAAUAUGGCCUGUCUGAGCAAUGAAUUGUUGGUAGAACUGGAGUGUCCAGUAUGUACGGAAUUCAUGUGUCCGCCCAUACGCCAAUGUGUCACGGGUCACAGUUUCUGCGACAGUUGUUACCAUAAACUCAAGGAUUGUCCAACGUGUCGCAAACCUAAAGGAAUUGCCAGAAGUUUUGCUCUGGAGAAACUGUAUUCAAAAUUAAAUAUUCCUUGUAGAAACAGAUUUGACGGGUGUAAGUUUGUGGAUGUAGGAAGGAAGAUAAAGGACCAUGAAGAGUUUUGUUACUACGGCGAAAAAGAAUGUCCCCUGCAAAGGAUUAACAAUUGCCAGUGGUUUGGGAAAAUGACAAGCAUGAUUGACCAUUGCAAAGACAAACAUUCAAGUAAUGUUUUUGUUGCCAAUAAACAAAAACUGACCUGCACUAAUUUUUACAAUUGCAAUUCUGCAAAGGCGUGCUAUUACAUUCUGUUCGAGGCUUACGACGAACUUUUCAAAUGCUGCUGGGAAAUUGACGUAAAUGGUCUUAUGAAAUGGUGCGUGUACUAUCUUGGAUUACCUAGAAAUGCUCGCAAUUAUUAUUACGAAAUCGAAAUUAUGGAUCAAGACCCAAACAAGUCACCUACUAACAAUAUAGUUGUUCGCAGCCCAUGCAAACCUUAUCCUGUAGAUAAUGUUUUUAAUUAUAACAAUUGUACAUUGAUGCAUUACGACAUGGUUUCUCAGUAUUGCAAAGACGGCGAAUUGAUGUACGAAGUUAGGAUUAUUGUUGAUGGAAUCUACAAGCUAUUCAAUCUUGGUUUCGAUAUGUUAUAA